UCACAAUUUGUAGGUAGUACAAGAACUGAAAAAUAAUUUUUGGUUGCCAGUAUACCUGUAGUCGUUGCACUGAUCAGUCGAUAGUUUUGUGAUAAAUUAUUUCUCAAGUGAAUUAAAUUAUUAACCAUGGGACGUGAUUCUAGAAAGGUUUCAAGAGAACUUCGGAGUUCUGAAAAAAUUAAUAAGUCGCGUUCAGUCAAAAGAAAGAAUGUUUUUAAUCCGAAAACAGCCGAACGUGAUGAAAGUAUUCAGAGUACAUCUUCUAAAAAAUUAAAACAAAACACUGAAGAUGAUGUACCUGAAGACAGCAGUACUGAAUUUCGAAUAAUAAAUUUUAUUCAGGUAUUCACUGCAAUUUCUGCUCUUAUAAAAUGUAAAAAAUGUGAUGGAAAUGUAGUGUUUCAAACAGCAAGUACACGUGGGCUGGGAUUCAAAAUUGUAGUUGCAUGUAAUAACUGUGGAAAUGAAUAUAUUCCUUCCUGUUCUUUCGUUGGGCAUUCUUAUGAAAUAAACAGACGUUUCAUUUUUGUAAUGAGAAUACUAGGAAUAGGAUACGAAGGAUUGUGCAAGUUUUGCGGCCUGAUGGACAUGCCGUCUUUUUUAGAUAAAUCUACGCAUACAAUUUUACUGAAACAGAUUUUGAAUUGUAGUAAAGCCGUCGCAGAAACCUUCAUGACGAAAGCUGUGAAUGAAGAAAAGCAAGCAAUGCCAACAACUGAAAAUGAAGAUAUAAAUCAUCUAACUGUAUCGGGAGAUGGAACCUGGCAAAAACGGGGAUAUACAUCGUCAUUUGGAGUUUCUUCUAUAAUUGGCUAUUUUACUGGAAAGAUUCUUGACAUAAACAUUAAAAGUGCAUAUUGUAAGCUAUGUGAGUAUUGGAAAAAAAAAACAAAUACUGUUGAGUUCGAGGAAUGGUAUCAAUCGCAUGAAGAUGUGUGUUCUGCUAAUCAUCAAGGGUCUUCUGGGAAAAUGGAGGUGGAUGCGAUGGUCGAAAUGUUUUCGUAUUCUGAAACUAAAUAUGGAGUUAAGUAUGCCAACUAUAUUGGUGAUGGUGACUCCAAGACCUAUUCAGGAAUUAUAAAAUCAGAUCCUUACGAAAAUACAACUGUAAAUAAAAAGGAAUGUAUAGGGCAUGUCCAAAAGCGGAUGGGGAGUCGAUUACGUACGCUGAAGAGUAAACAAAAAGGUCUUGGUGGUCGAGGUAAGCUCACAGGAAAAUUAAUAGACAAACUAACUGUGUACUAUGGUUUAGCAAUACGCCGGCAUUGUGAUUCUAUUGAAAAUAUGAAAUCUGCUAUAAUGGCAACCUUUUAUCACUACGGCUCGAGUGAUGAAAAACCGAAUCAUGAUAUGUGUCCAAAAGGCGAAGAAUCUUGGUGCUCUUACCAGCGCGCUGAAGCAAGAGGAGAGCUUGAUACCUUUUCUCACGAUUAUUCUCCUUUACCUUCUGAUGUUUUAAAAGCUAUCAAGCCUAUAUACGAAGAUCUUAGUAAUGAAAAUUUACUUUCAAGAUGUGUAGGUGGAUUCAAUCAGAAUAAUAAUGAAAGCUUUAACCAACUAGUAUGGAAAAUAUGUCCAAAAACGGUAAAUACUAGUUUUACUAUCGUACAAAUAGCUGCAUACGUUGCUAUGUGUAUAUUUAAUGAGGGUAUAAAUUCAUUAUUAGUCUUGAUGAAUACACUAGGACUUAAUUGUGGGCCUAAUUCUCAUCGGUAUGCAGAAAGAAUGGAUGCUGCACGUAUCAAAGUAGCAGAUAAGCGCGCUAAUGAUAACACCCGAGAAGGUCGAUUGCAACGUAGGCACCAGCAAAUCGAUAUUUUGGAAGCUGCUAUGUCGGCUGAAGAGCUAUUAUAUGGUCCAGGAAUAGAUGACUCAGUAUGAAUCUCCAAGGACUUAUGAUGAUCACCGCAAAGGACUUCGGGAGGAACGGGCUCUACAAAAACAGCGAUAACUUUUUGAAUUAUUAAUUUUUUUUUUUGAAAUUUUCGUGAAGUCAAAUCGAAACGUGUUCUAAUAAAGCUAUGUUUUUAUUUUUGUCAAAUAAAGUAAUUAACUACAAAAAAAAAAUUAUUGAAAAUCAUCAUUUUUUCAUACCCCUGAG